AAAACAGCGCUAUAGGCUACAUAUUAUUCGAUAUACAUAUAUAUUAGUAUUUUUUCUGUUAUUUUCUCUAUAUAAAGAACUCAAUUUCAAAAUCUAGCAAUUUAGCGUGUCCUUGGUCGUUGACGGGUGCAACAGGCAGAGUGAACCAAUAGUAAAAGUCUAAAAUAUAUAUAUAUUUUUAAAUUUAGACGGUGAAGCACUUUGAUGCCGAAUAUAAUAUAACGGUCCGACAAUCACUUUGUUAUAUUAUCUCUUAUCAAACUAUGCAGUUAUUACUGUUGAUUUGAUAAAAAAUGUGUAAAACGGAAGGUCAGGCAGCUCAGGGAUUGCGACUAGUAUUUCACAUCCUGCUUGGUGACUCGCGGGGUGGUUGCCUCUGAAGGGACUCAGUCGCUGUUGUUACAACAGGCAGCGUAUGGAAAUACACCGGGAUGAAGACGUUGUGAAGUCUGACAGCUCAGCUAGAGCCUCUGAUGUGUAGAUGGAGCGGCUCCACUGGGUGCAGCAUCGAUGUCGGCAGCUGCUAAAUGGAGACUCAGGGCGAGGCUGGUACUCUGCCCCUGAUGGCCUCCCAAACAAAAGCUCACUGGAUGCCCACACCUCCCCACAGAGAGUCAGGGGGAAGAGGAGAACAGUGUUUGCUCGCCACGGGUCCCACCAAGAGGAGUAUGAAGACAUCUCCAAAAGCUAUAAGGGCAAUGCCAUCUGCACUACCAAGUACAACUUGUUGACUUUCAUCCCCAUGAACCUGUUUCAGCAGUUCCACAGAGCUGCCAACCUCUACUUCCUGUUCCUGGCAUUACUGAACUGGGUACCAGUUGUUGAAGCCUUUCAGAAGGAAAUUACUAUGAUUCCUCUGCUGGUAGUUCUCACUGUUAUUGCCAUCAAGGAUGCCCUGGAAGACUACAGGCGCUACUUGUUCGAUAAGAAGGUCAACAACAAUGUUGUGGAAGUAUUCUGUGGCAAGCAGAAAGCCUACACUGAACAGUGCUGGAAGGAUGUGCGAGUCGGAGACUUUGUUCGUCUGUCCUGUAAUGAAAUCAUCCCUGCUGACAUGGUGCUGCUGUAUUCCUCUGACCCUCGUGGGGUUUGUUAUAUCGAGACUGCCAAUCUAGACGGAGAAACCAACCUGAAACAGAGACGGGUUGUUUUAGACCUCCCAGUGCAGGGAGAAGAGCUGACCCUUGAGAGCUUCCAGAGUCGUAUUGAGUGCGAGAACCCCAACAAUGACCUCAGCAGGUUCAGAGGUUAUAUGGAGCACCCCAAUGGAGCUCGUGUUGGCCUCCAUAACAGCAACCUCCUGCUCAGGAGCUGCACCAUCCGCAACACAGAGACUGUAAUUGGCAUUGUGGUCUAUGCUGGACAUGAGACUAAAGCCAUGAUGAACAACAGCGGGCCGCGGUAUAAACGCAGCCAGCUGGAGAAGCGUCUGAACACGGAUAUCAUGUGGUGUGUGCUCCUGCUCAUCGUCAUGUGUCUGAUUGCUGCUAUAGGUCAUGGUCUCUGGCUGAAGAACCUCGAAGACCCUGUGUUUGAGAUUGACGGGGAGACAUCUCCUGCCCUGGCUGCUUUCUAUGUUUUCUGGACUAUGAUUAUUGUGCUGCAGGUGCUCAUCCCCAUUUCUCUGUACGUGUCCAUUGAGAUUGUGAAGCUGGGCCAGGUCUACUUCAUCCAGAAUGAUUUGGCCCUGUACAAUGAGCAGCUGGACUCCAGGAUCCAGUGCAGGGCCCUCAACAUCACUGAGGAUCUGGGUCAGAUCCAGUACCUGCUCUCUGAUAAGACAGGAACUCUGACAGAGAACAAGAUGGUGUUCCGCCGUUGUAGUAUCUAUGGAGUUGAAUAUCCCCAUGAGGAAAAUGCUCGCAGGCUGGAGGUGUAUGAGGCGGAGAAGAAAGAGGCGGCUGGUCGCUCCGUGACUUUGAGGUCGGGCUGCAGUCGGAAAUCUCUGAGCUGUCGUUCCCUUAGCUGCAACCGCAGCUCCGUGUCUCUUCACACUCUCACUGCUGAGUCAGAAGAGGAGGACCGACUGUCCAAUCACAUCCAGCCUAAAACCAAUGCCUUCUGCAGCCGAGUGGCAAAGGAGGUGGUACCAGACCCUGAGCUGGUGAGGAAGCUUAGUUGGCUUAGCUCUUCUGUGCUGCCCCCGAGUGAUGGCUCUUCUGGGCCUCCAUCCAGUCUGGAGCUCGCCUACAUCACUGACUUCUUCCUGGCUCUGGCCAUCUGUAACAGUGUGGUGGUCUCCUCGCCGAGCCAGCCUCGACAUGUGGUACCCGAAGCUCGAACACCUCUCAAGUUAAUGUUCCUGCGCCUCAGCUUCCCUCCCUUCUCAGCUCUCUCCCCUCCUCAGAUCAAAGGCAGCCCUCGCAGCUUCGCCAACAAGCUGUUUUCCCGGGGAAAGACCACCUCUUACGCCAUCUCCAACCGCACUACAGACAAGUCAGAACCGGGCCAAGACAGCAUAAUGGAAGCCUCCAACCUGAAGCAUAAAGUGGACACAGCGGAGGAGAUGAGUGGAGGAGAGGACGGUGGACAGAUGGAGGACAAGGAGGCAGAGGAUGAUAUCAAGGAUUCAAAGACAAACCCUGAUGGAGCUGGGCAGGAUGUGGAGGACCUAACCAGAGAUGUGGACUCUGAGAGUGACACUGAUGACGAAUUGCUGUAUGAGGCAGAGAGUCCAGAUGAGGCAGCUCUGGUCCACGCAGCCAAGGCAUACCGCUGCACCUUGAGGGGACGUUCUGCAGAGAGCCUGCUGGUAGAUCUUCCAAGAAUCGGCUCUCUCUCUGUCCAGCUGCUCCACAUCCUGCCUUUUGACUCCAACAGGAAGAGGAUGUCGGUGGUGGUCCGCCACCCGCUUUCAGGACAGGUGGUGGUUUACACGAAGGGAGCCGAUUCUGUCAUCAUGGACCUAUGUGAGACACCUAAAGGUGCAGAGCAGGCUGAGGAGAUCUACAGCCACAUCAGAGGGCAAACCCAAAAACAUUUAGACAGCUAUGCAAGAGAUGGACUCCGCACACUCUGCAUUGCUAAAAAGGUUCUGGAAGAGGAGGAGUAUGAGGUGUGGAUGAAGAGACAGCUGCUGGCAGAGAGCAGCAUAGAGAACAGGGAGGAGCUGCUGCUGGACUCAGCUCAGAGACUGGAGACCAACCUCACCCUGCUGGGUACCACGGGGAUCGUAGACAGACUGCAGGAGGAAGUCCCAGAGACCAUUGAAGCUCUGCAGAGGGCUGGGAUCAAAGUCUGGGUGUUAACUGGAGACAAAAAGGAGACGGCCAUCAACAUCGCCUGUGCCUGCAAACUCCUCCGUCCAAAUGAUGAACUGCUGACUGCCAGCUGUGGAAGCAUGGAUGCAUGCAGAGCUUUACUCCAGGAGCUCAUACUGAAGGUCCAGGGUGGUAAAGAUAGUCUGACUGAACUGCCUGCAGCGGAGAAUCAUGGGAAAUCCUCCACAGGCUUCAUUCUGGUGAUAGAGGGCUCCACACUGGACUGGGCCCUGCACGAGGAGCUGAAGAAGGACUUCCUGGAGCUCAGUCGUAGAUGCAAGGCAGUCAUCUGCUGCAGGUCCACUCCUCUGCAGAAAAGCCAGGUGGUCCGGCUGAUCCGGGACCAGCUUGGCGUCAUGACCCUGGCUGUAGGUGAUGGAGCCAAUGAUGUGAGCAUGAUUCAGGUGGCUGAUGUGGGCAUCGGCAUAUCGGGCCAGGAGGGCUUGCAGGCUGUGAUGUCCAGUGACUUUGCCAUCUCCAGAUUUAAACACCUCAGUAAACUGCUGCUGGUCCACGGCCACUGGUGUUACUCUCGCCUUGCAAACAUGAUUCUCUACUUCAUCUACAAGAAUGUGAUGUAUGUGAAUCUGCUGUUCUGGUAUCAGUUCUUCUGUGGUUUCUCUGGGAGUGUCAUGAGCAAUUCCUGGGUGCUCAUCCUCUUUAACUUGAUCUUCACCUCCGUUCCUCCUCUCGCCUACGGCAUCCUGGACCAAAACAUGGCUCCGGAAACUUUGAUGGAGCUGCCUGAGCUCUACCAGACUGCACAGAGCUCCAAGGUCUAUGGUCCAGGCAUGUUCUGGAUCACAAUCCUGGAUGCUUUUUACCAAAGCCUUGUCUGCUUCUUUGUCCCUUACUUUGCAUUUGCCGGAUCGGACGUUGGGGACCUGUCCUUUGCUUCUCCGAUCAACGCCUCAGCUCUUUUUAUCAUCCUGCUGCACCAAGUUAUCGAGAGCCACACACUGACGUGGAUUCACGGGCUGGUGUUGGUGCUCAGUGGUGCUUCCUACUUUGGCUUUGUGGUGAUCUUCAGUGUGUUCUGUGUGACCUGUAGCCCUCCCACCAACCCUCUGGGGGUGGAAACACACGCCAUGUCUCAGCCUCUCUUCUACAUCAUAUGCGCUCUCACCACUGUGAUGGCUCUGUUACCUAGGCUGUUGUUUCAAGCUCUGCACAACACCUUACGCCCCUCUGCUGCUCUGAAAUCAGCUCAGAGGGAUUCAGAGAAUUACCGCAGGAGAAUGCAGGGUUGGAACCUGAAGCAUGCUACAGGCAGAAGCCUCCCAGUUGGCACCGACAACCCCGGCCUAGAGCCCAGCACAGCUUCAGUGGUGUCGUGACCUCCCACUAGACACGAUCACACACACACACACACACACAGAGUACUGUGUCCCUCCACACAACAGAGUGGACAAAAACAUAUCAAUAUGACCUGGCCAGACCUGAAAAUUUAGAAAAGACUGUUGACAUGCUGGAUUCAAAUGCAUGUCACUGGCUGUAUGGUUUCUUUGUAGGGAUGUUCUACUCACCAGCUAUUUAUAGACUCAGAUGAAAGACUGCUCAUUUUGUUACAUACCGAUAGCCAAAGAACUGUUGGAGAGACCGAUUUAUUACAAGGAAAACCACUUUUCAAUCGGACAUGUUCAACUUACGGAAUCAUAAUGUGUGUUGAAAUAUCUCACCGAGCGUUUAUGGGAACAGAAGCUGUGAAACAUAAUCAUCAUGUAAAACAUUUUGAGAAAAUUUUUUAAAGGAGCUCUGCAGUAUAUUUUAUUUGAACAUCAGGAAAUCAUGACCUUGUUAAUCUUCUGACAUAAAGGAAUGGUAUGUAAACUUUU